UCAACAGUCACUUAAAUCAUUGAUAUGUAAAGGUUUUGUAUUUAUAGCUCUUUUCUAGUCUUGAUGACUCAAAGCACUUUACAGUUUUACAAUCACACAGAGCAUCUAUUAGCAGCACUUUGUUUUUCCAUGAGAGGCAAUUCGAGGCUCAGCAUCUUGCCCAAGGACACUUCAGCACGCAGAUAGGGAAGACUGGGGAUCGAACUGCCGACUUUCAGCUUCAUUCCUUUAAACACGAUCACUGAAUUAUUCUCUACUGAUAAAAUCAGUAAAAGGUUGAAUAACGUUUUAUCACACAGUGUUUUAGAAAGUGAAAAAUAUAUUUUUAUACAUAUGUUACGGUACCUGAUAGUGCGGGUCUAGACAGAUGUUACGGUACCUGAUGGUGCGGGACUAGACAGAUGUUACGGUACCUGAUAGUGCGGGUCUAGACAGAUGUUACGGUACCUGAUAGUGCGGGUCUAGACAGAUGUUACGGUAGCUGAGAGGCACAGGGGUGUUUGAACAUGGCGGCGACACACAACAGCAGGACGAGCUGAGACGUUCUCCUGCCAACACCCUGCUCACUUUCCAGUUAGUCGCUCCCAGCAGGUUCAUCAGGUUCCACUGAAGGGAUCGGUCCCGUGGGUUGAAGCAGAGUGCAUGCUGGGACAUUAAGAACUCCUCCUCCUCGUCCUCCUCCUCCCAGUCCCUCUCGUCAGCUCGAUGCCUCGAUGGAGAGCUCUCUUCAGUCUCUGCUCUCGGUGGUCCAGCCCGGUCCCUCAGGCCCUGGUCCUGACCCUCCUCACCUUCUGCAUCGUCCUGCCGCUCUGCUGCCACCAGCUGCUCUACUCCUACUUCUUCAUGAAGUCCGUGUACCUGGACUCCAUGAGUGAGGAGGUCCUGCAGGACAGCCUCACCCGGGGUCAGGAUGCACUGCGCUUCUGGCAGAGCGCCUCCAGCCCAGCGGGGGGGGGGUCUCCCAGGUUCCGCAGCCCCGCCCAGCACCCCGAGCUGCUGGUCACUGUGGUGAGCGUCAGGCGGAGGGAGGGGCGGGACUUCCACUACCUGCUCCAGGUGAUGCAGCAGCUGAGCGGCCUGGUGGGGGGCUGUGGGGAGCGGGGGUGCGCCGAGCUGCUGGUCUGUGACGUGGAGAGCGGUCCCCAGGAGAACCAGGACGCCAAGCUGCUGGAGAACCACGUCAGGGUGGUGCGGCGCUCGCCUGAGGAGCAGCAGGCGGCCCGGGAGCCCGUCAACACCUUCGAGAGGGAGAAGAGGGAUUACGUGUUCUGCGUCCGGAGGGGCUGGGAGCUGCUGAGGCCCCGGAACAUGGUGGUCCUGGAGGACGACGCGCUGCCCAGGGAGGAUUUCUUCUGGGUUGUGAAGGACCUUCUGUCUCGUCGCUUCUCCCUCCAGACGCUCUACAUCAAGCUCUAUCACCCGGAGAGGCUGCAGCGCUACUGGAACCCGGAGCCCUACCGCAUCCUGGAGUGGGUGGGGCUCGGCCUGGUGGGAGCCACAGCCCUCCUCCUCGGCCUCGCUUACUGGAACCCCUUCUCCUUCUCCUUCACCCUGUCGCUGGGCCACCUCCUCUUCUUCACCCUGUACUUCAUGGCGGCUGCGGAGCUCCUGGGGCGGCACUACGUCCUGGAGCUGCGGAGACUCUCCCCUCAGCUCUACGCCGUGUCCCCGGCCACCGAGUGCUGCACCCCCGCCAUGCUGUUCCCCGGGAACGCCUCGCUCAGGGUGGCCGAGUAUCUGGACGGCUCGUUCUGCGUGAAGGGGAACGCUAAAGACAUGGUCCUGUACCAGAUGGCGAGGACCAUCCCGGGGGAGACGGCUCACAGCGUGGAGCCCAACCUGGUCACCCACAUCGGGGCCUUCUCCUCGGUCAGGCCCAACCCAUCCAGGCCCAAACUCCUCUGACAGAACCAGGAGGUGGUGGAUCAGAUUCCUACUGGGCUCUACUCCUCCUUCCUGCCACGCCCCCUUCUGGACCCCUCCCACAUUGUGAGUAGAAGAUUUGGGGGAUUUUCAGGGAAGAAGUUGUCAAGUCAUCAGGAAGAAAUGGGACUAAGUUCUGAUGUUUGUCUCAGUAACGUCUCCAGAGAGCGGGUCGGUGUCACAGUGUUCAGUCACACACCAGGACAUGAGGUGCCUUUCAAAAUGUUAGAAACACAAAGUCCAUUCGGCUGAAGCUUCUUCCAUCAGAGUUUAUAACAAGAGGAGACUCAAAACUGAAAGAUAGAGGACAUAUAUAUAUUUAUAAGAUUCAACAUCAUCAUGCUGGAGAACUUCUUUAAUCGGCUUCUGGGACUUUCCUGAUUUCUAUUCAUCUGAAGUGAUUCGUUUACACUUUGUUCUUCUGACGAAUCAGUCGACUGGUGUCUAAGUGCAGUUUGGUGCAGACACGUACAAAUACAGAUGUAGCUGAUUUAAACAUGAGCCUUUAUUUCUUUAUGAUAUUUUAAAACCCCUCCGCUGCUGCCUUAACGAUUCAUCAUCCACCUUCAAAAGUUACAGAUUUUUUCAAUUAUCAACGUGUUGGAUGGAUACGAUGAAGAUUGCUCAGACUUGUUCCCCGUUCAUCCAGAUCUGGUUGAAACUCAGCUACGGGUUUGAAAGCAUCUGACUCGAUCUCUUCCUUCCAGUUUGUGUUUGGUUGGAAACGUUCCAGUGUAACAAACUGAUCAGGAGUUUAAACACCAGGCAGUGAUCAGACGUCUUCGUCUUCUCGGCUGUCAAAGCAUUUAAAUCACAUCGAAGUGACAUCUGUCUCGGCUACGUCAGUUUAGGAAACAGGAAGUUGUAGUGUGGUUGAGAAACGGUUAACUUCUUUGGACGCUGAAUCCAGACCAGGAUUCACUGAGACAGAAUGAGGUCGUGAACAUGUGAUUCUGAUUGUGUUCUUUUGUAUUUUACAGUCCUGUCUUUGUACAGAGGUUUGAGAUAGAACGCAGGAGCAGGGUUCCAGCGGUCACCUUCCUCCAUUUGGAAAUGUCACGCCUCAUGUUACCACAUUUGUCGAGCAGCCUAACCUGUGUUUGUGUCUCUGCCCUUUUUUACAUGUAGAGCAUAUUUAACAUUUAAACACUCUUGGAUGCUCUGGUUUUGUGAUUCUUGCUCAGGACGCCUUUGCUUUCGAGCGUCCUUCAUUUUCUAGCAAAACAACACAACAGGUCAAUAUCAACUUUUUCCCUCACAUUUAAAUCAACAGAUUAAUAAAAUGUCCGACAGUUCACCGGACUUCCUGCUCCCCACGCUCCAUGUGCCUUCGAUGCUCCUGACGCUGGACAUUAUAAUCAGAGAAACACUGAUUGUGAAAAUCUUGGCUGAUAAAAAUGUUCACAGAAACAAUUUGGCUGAUAGCUGAUGUUUUUUUUUACUGUUUUGUUUGUUGUUUUUUUCAUCAAACUCACCCGUUUAUGAAUGAACCGCUCAUAAGGUUAGAGCACCACCAAGUGGACAUUCUAAGGAUCUGCAGCUUUUCAACCGGCGCAGAAUUCACACAACAGAUCAAAUCAGUCACUGCCAUUAGUGGACCAUCUUGAUUGAUAAGUGCAUUUCUGAUAAAUAUAAUAUUAUGCAUGACUCAUCCCUGAUAGAAAUUACUCUUAAUGUGUAUUUAAUUUGCACUUGUGUUAAGUAAUGACAUUUAAUGAAUUGCUGGACGAACAACAGGAAGUCGCUGCCAAAGUAAAACCAUCAGGCCUAUGACAGUUUCUCACACUGCCACUAAUGACACUGUAAUAUUCCUGAAAAUCUCUUUCUCUCUUUAGAGAAGUUAGAGCCUUUGUCCGGCUUUGUGUCUGUGGUCUAACCCCAGGAGACAUCGAUCUGAAACUCUAACGCCUCAUGUGAUCGAAACGGUUGAACUCUUUGUUUGCUUGAAAAACGGUAGCGGGUUCAUUUAUAGUUAUGAUUGAAUAAAUAAGAUUUAUAUCAGAUAUGGUUUAACGGAGCACCUUAAAGAUUUGAUUGUUGCUGAUGGAUCGUCCUCUUUGUUAAAGAGCUGCUCGUGAUCAGUCAACGUUUACCAACUCAUCAAAAUAAACACUACUAUCUUCUUAAAAUGAAUCAGGAUUAUUUCUGAUUCAACGUUAUUUGCACUUUAUUAAAACACUUUAGUAAAGACAGUGUACAGAGUUCAACAUACACUGAUCAGCCACAAAGUUAAAACCACCUGCCGAGGUUCAGUAGGUUCCCUUGUGCCGCAGAUCGGACCUCCGACAGGAAGUGGAGAUGAGUCUUCCAUCUGUAUUUAUGUCUUUCUACACACUCAUUGAUUGUGUUUAUAUACAGAUAUAUACAGAUUUAUACACCCCACAUGACUUUGCCUCAUGUCAGAGUCGCUCAGAUCCAUCUCACUCGUCACCAGCGCCUCCUUUAACAAGUUAUUUUUUCACUUCAGUGGUUUUACUGUUGUGGCUGAUCGGUGUUUUUAAAAUGAGGAAAUAAAAACAUUUUAAAGUCAAAGUGCUUCUGUACAUAAUGAACAGUUAUAGUGUGUAGACACAAAUUAAAAUAUAUAAUAUAUAAUUGUGUGUUUGUUUCUCAUGUGUGAUUUUCACCUCAGUUUCGCCUUCACCUUAUUUUAAGUUAACAACAUUAAACUCUGUUUGGUUUGAGUUUGUUUGUGGUUUUAUUUGUUUUUUUUUUCUACCAUUUUAUCUCAUUCUGUGUUACAUCAAUAUUUAGAUUUAUUUAAAGUUGUGUAACUGUUUCUGCUGUUUCUUCAUUCGCUGCUGUUUAUGACUUAUCUCAUGCUGGAUUCUAUGACAAACAUGAAUUCUGAAUCUGAACAAUCGAUCAGCUGACCAAAGACUGGUGCUCUUGUCAUGUUUCAAUCUCAAAUUUCAAAAUAAAAGCCUUGUUUUGAUUUUA